UUGGUUGUUCAGCCGCCAUAUUGAAAUAUCCAUGAGCCUUUUUUCAGCCGUCAUCCGUGUCCGAGCAAAUCGUUCGAAGCAAGAAGUUGUGUCUUCAUCGUCGUAGCGAAAGAAAAGCGACCGGUGGUUUCCCUUUUUUAGCUCCAGUGUUUCGCGUCUCGUAUCCGACGACCGACAUCAACCAGCGUGAUGGCGUACGAACCGAAGACAGCCCCGUUCGAUCCCCGCUUUCCCAACCAGAACCAGACCAAGUACUGCUACCAGAGCUAUCUGGAUUUCCAUCGCUGCGAGAAGGUAAAGGGCCAGGGCGACCAGGUAUGCAAAUACUUCAAAGGCGUGUUCUCGUCGAUGUGCCCGAACUCGUGGGUUGAGAAAUGGGACACCCAGCGUGAGGAGGGCACAUUCGCCGGCCGCAUCUAAAGAAUGGACCGUAGAAAAUUUGGCCAUUAGCUGUGCGCGAUGAGUGACGGCUUGGAUCCUUUGCAUACAGCAUUGCUAGUAAAACAUCAGAAGUAAAAAUUCAACUACAAAUCCGGAAGAAUGAGCGUGUGUGCUACGAUCCCAUUCGCCACCAUCUGCGUGGAGCAAAGCACGCGGUAAAAUUAAAAUACAACCAUUAUUAAACAGAGAACUGUAUCGUUAAACACAAGAAAGAA